AUGUAGUUUCAUCAGUUUUGAUCUCUUUGCUCCUAUAUAUUGUCAAAUAACAAUCACUUCAUCUGAGUUCAUUUGUUGUCAUCUUGCAUUCUAAGCAAUCGUCGUUUUGUACUUUUCGCAUUAGUCAUAUCAUUUCAUUUUCCAUCUUGUUUAAAUCCUUUUGAAGAGUUUUCCUUUGUUCAAAUGGACGACAUUCGAUCGCCUUUAUGGGUAUACCAUUAUAAUUCGCAAAAUGAUUUCAUGAAACUCGCCGAUACUCGACUCCUACCCCCCAUUCCCGCGGCCGUCCCGUGUUCUUCUACAAAUCAACCUAAUCACCAUCCCAAUCAAUCCAACAUCUCAUCUAUCACGUCAAAAACCACUGAUCAACCUAACAUCCCUAUGGCUAUAUCCUACUCCACUGUUGUGAAUAAACCUAGCCAUACACAAAAUACACCUAUCAUCCCAACAGUCGCGUCAAAAUGCACACCGCAACAAGAACGCCAACGGUGGAAGCUAGACUUGUGUCAUGUUAGGGCCGAGCUCGACCAUUUACUAAAUGCAUCAAAUAGAAUACCCAACAAUCUGAUAGAGAUCUUGGCAGCACAUUCUACAUCACAGACACUUCGAUCCAGUGAUUGGUCAAGCGUCCCGAGUGAAGGGAGACUAGAAAUCUUGUCGGCCUGUGCACAAAUAAUCGACUUGAACUUUUGGUGUGCUUGGGGCGCUGAUAAGAACGGACUGAGACUCCUAGAAGCCUGGCUAAGGGGAUCAGUCUUCGCCCACAAGGACGCUGCAGCCAAAACAAAUCCGUCUUUCAAAGAUCAAGAUUCUGAAGCUUCAACAAGAGACUUACUCCUUAUCAAAUUAUUGAAGGUCCUACAAAAGGUUCCCCUCACAGUGGACAACCUAACAUCCUAUAAAUUUGGGAAUCAAAUAAACAAGAUUGCCGAAGGCUCUUCCGAAAAGUUUUCAACAAAUGCCAGAUUUUUAGCGAAACAACUGAAAAAUCAAUGGUUGCAAGCUGCUGGUCUCGACAAAGUUACAGAAAAUGAUCAUACAGUUUUGACUGAUGCGAAAAGAUCCAACAAUCAUUUGUCUCGACAAGGGCCCGAGAUCGUCAAGAAGGCAAAGCUCGACCACCGAUCCACUGAUAUGAGGCCAACAACCAUGGCAGUCCAGAAAGGUCCAAAAUCCCUCAAGCCUCUCGCCAUUCCCGAAAAGAAACUCGAAGCCCUCGCAUCGCACUCCCCCAACACAAUGCUAGACCCGUUCACUGAAGCAAUGCGAACGAUCCAAAAGAGCAAAGCAGGUGCUGACGUCGAUAACAUCUCUUCUGUGACACCUUCUGUUCAUGAACCAAAGAAUCCGAAAAAAAACCGAAAAUCUGUCACGUUCGCCCCUGAUGAUCAACUAUGUGCGAUCAAGAUCGUGGAGAGAUUGGUUUAUCAUCAGCACGAUGAUGUUUACGAAGAUCACAGUGACGAUGACCCGAAUUUUGUGGCAGAUAUACGUCAGAUGGAUGCAAACGAGGGUCAAUACCUCCACAACGCCCAAGAAUCUUUACAAGAAGAGGCUUCCUGGCUGGCACCGUCCGAGCUCGUGCCCCAAACCGGAGUAAACCUCGAAGAAUUGGACAGCUUACUUCCUCAAUCACCCGAAGCCGAAGGAACACCGCGUGCUGAAGGACUUUACAGGCUGGCACCGUCCGAGGUCGUGCUCCAAACCGACGCAAACCUCGAAGAAUUGAACAGCUUACUUCCUCAAUCACCCGAAGCCAAAGGAACACCGCGUGGUGAAGGACUUUACAGGCUGGCAUCGUCCGAGGUCGUGCUCCAAACCGACGCAAACCUCGAAGAAUUGGACAGCUUACUUCCUCAAUCACCCGAAGCCAAAGGAACACCGUGUGGUGAAGGACUUUACAGGCUGGCACCGUCCGAGCUCGUGCCCCAAACCGACGCAAACCUCGAAGAAUUGAACAGCUUACUUCCUCAAUCACCCGAAGCCAAAGGAACACCGCGUGGUGAAGGACUCGCCAAAGCACCAGUGUCCAGUUCAACCCAUGAACCUAGCAUUGAUAGGCGAGCAUCAGCGCCUGCUAUUGCAUCCGACCGGUGUAGAAAUGACAGUUCAUAUCGUCAUGAUCGAGAGGGAUCAAGGACCAAUACAAUAUCGCAGAGUCUCUCAUUUCGCGAUCGGGGCGCUUUCGAUCAUUUGAAGGAAUUUCCUCGACGGAGUUCCUUGCCCGGCCCGAUGUCCUCUUCAAGAGAGUUACGACCAGCCUAUGAUGCAACUUCAAAAAGUUCAAAUGCUCGUUAUAAAGAGUCUCGCACGGAGAAUAAUCGCGAGAAUGAUCGCAGUGCAGCGGAUUCUUCCACCCGAAAAACAGAGAGUGAUCGCAGCGCAGCGAACCUUCCUCGGAAACCAGAGAGCGAUCGCAAUGCAGCGAACCUUCCUCGGAAACCAGAGAGCGAUCGCAGUGCCGCGAAUCUUCCUCGGAGACCAGAGAGCGAUCGCAAUGGAGUGACCUAUUCCAAACGAAGCACAGAGAACGAUCGCAGCGCAGGAAGGCUUACCACACGAAGCGUGGACAAUGACCGCAGAGCAGGUUAUCAUGCUCCUCGACGCUCGAGUGAUCGGUACGACCGCUCACCUCCUCGGCCAAUUUCUCGAGUAGCUCGCAGCUACACAUCACAGCGCCAUCCCGAUCCAAAGCCUGUACCACCUAGAGCUUAUACCAGGCAUGGUGUGCAUAUUAGAUGCAAGUGGUGGCCAGAUUGUAGACUUGGUAGUCUAUGUGCCUAUAAACAUGGCCACUGAAGACAACUAGUAUCUGCCAGUUCCAUGUAUAUUCCUACUUCAAGUGUCAUCUUCAAAUGCCAAGUACAGUCGCUGGCAAAGCUUCAGAAGAUCUGCGCUUCAAAGCAAAGCAAGGUGGUCCAUUCAUGUCAUACUUUUUGUCUCAGCAGCUGCUAUUAUAUGCAAGUAGGGGAGGGAAAGUGGUGCCAACAUAUUCAAAGACACCAGCCCUAAUUGUGUGUGCACUCAACAAGCCUAGAUAAGCAGUUGGUGCAUAUCUGCAUUUGUGACUGCUUUGAAUGUGCUGGUGCAAGAAUGCAAGGACUUUCAUAUUUUUACCGAAGUACAUUGCGAUACAACAAGAGUUUGAUAUAUAUAUUGUUUCUCUAU